AUGGCACCACAAGCUAGCUCAUCUCAACUUCAGAUACAUCAACAAUCUGGUCACCGAAGAACUCGUCUAAGGUCUUCCAAUCUCAAGUUCAGCAAUGAUACACUCUGUCCUGCAUGUGAAUGUGGCAAGAAAUCCAAAGCAAGUCACCCAAUGGUGAUUGAUUCUUCAAUUUAUGAACCACUGGAACUCUUGCACAUUGAUCUCUGCGGUCCAUCUACCAUAGCCAGUCUUCAUCACAAAAAAUACAUACUGAUACUGAUCAAUUUUAUCAAAGAAAUUGAACUUCAGAUCAAGUUACCAGUACGUCGCAUCCGAAGUGAUAAUGGAACCGAGUUUUCAAACCAUCUCUUAAACAGUUUCUUGGUUUCAAAGGGUAUCACUCACAAUUUCAUAGCUCCCUACACACCGCAACAAAAUGGAGUAGUAGAGCAAAGAAACCGAACCCUGGUAGAAGCAGCCAGAUCUAUGCUUAACUUCACACAUCUUCCUCUCUACUUCUGGGCCGAAGCAGUGGCCACAGCUUGCUUUGUUCAAAACCGAAGCAUCAUCUGCAAGCGUCUCGAUCAUCUUAACAAGUUCGCACCGAAGUCUGAUGAAGGCAUCUUUCUUGGCUACUCAACAAACAAAGUUGCUUAUAGGGUUCUCAUUAGACGCACAAGGCUAAUAGUUGAAAGCUUCGAUGUCAAGUUCGAUGACUAUUACGUCCACAACACCGCUCCAUCAACCGAAACCAAAGCAAUCCUAGAAAGUGAUAUUCCUGCCUCUUCGGGGCCACUAAAUAUAGUUGAAGUAAACUAUGACGAUCUCUUCGACCCCGUAGAAAUAACCAAGUUAUCCGAAGUUCUUGUGUCUCCGGAAGCUCAACAACAGCAUGCUGACGUAUCUGGUCCAUCUCUAUCCGAUGUAGUAUCACUCAAUACUUCCACCUCGCCGGUUGAGGGGGAAAGCUCGACUCCGGAUCAAGUGACAACCAUCGAGGUUCCAGUACUUGAUGAUGCAGUUCCAGUUCCUAUCCGUAGAGAAUCCUUACCAUCGGAUAUCUCUUCUGACUCAGAUGAUGAAGACAUAGAGAACAUCGACACAAGAACAGACUCGAGAAUUAUCACACUUCCAACAAUCCAGGGGGAACCUUCUCAGGUUCAAGGGGAACUCCCGUCCGCAAUCCAGGGGGAACCUCCAUCAUUUGUCCAAGAAAACUCCAAUCCCACCUUUCCAAUUCAAGACAAUUCAGCGGGCUGCUCACAUGUCCAGAGGGAACUGCCGUCCCCAACCGCAGAAUCUUCAGAUAUUGUAGAUAUUCCUUCCACCGCAGCCACUGACCACCUUCAACCCCGUCUACACGUAUGGACGAAGGACCACCCACCAGGUCAAAUCAUCGGAAACCCAUCAGCAGGCAUCCAAACUCGGUCUUCACAAGACUUAUCUGAUCACUGUUACUAUGCAACAUUUAUGUCUUCGGUCAAACCCAGAACCAUGAAAGAAGCAUUAAUGGAACCUGAUUGGAUAGCAGCAAUGCAAGAAGAACUGGAAGAGUUUAAAAGAAACAAAGUGUGGCAACUCGUUCCGAAGCCAAAAGGUCACAAUAUUGUUGGUACCAGAUGGGUGUACAAGAAAAAAUUGGAUGAAUCCGGUGCGGUAGUUCGAAACAAAGUUAGACUAGUCGCAAAGGGGUAUAUUCAACUUGAAGGUGUUGAUUAUGAUGAAACAUACGCCCUAGUAGCCAGAAUGGAAGCCAUACGCAUCUUCUUAGCGUAUGCUGCUCACAAGAAUAUCAAAGUACAUCAAAUGGAUGUAAAAAGUGCCUUCCUGAAUGGUGAAUUGAAAGAGGAGGUUUAUCUUCAGCAACCUCCGGGCUUCGAAUGUCUUGAAUUCCCAGAUUACUGCUACAAGCUUGAAAAAGCAGUCUACAGUCUAAAACAAGCACCGAGAGCAUGGUACGAGACUCUCUCUGAAUUUCUUGUCUCGUCCGGAUACAAAAGAGGAGUGAUUGAUCCCACCUUAUUUAGAAAGGCAAAUGGUAAUCACCUUAUGCUUGUACAAAUAUAUGUGGAUGAUAUCAUCUUCGGAUCAACUGAUCAGGGGAUGGUGGAUGAAUUUGCUAAGCUCAUGACCAACAAGUUCCAAAUGAGCAUGAAUAGAGAGAUUAAUUUCUUUCUAGGACUUCAAGUGAAACAAGUCCCUCAAGGGAUAUUCAUCCAUCAGGAGAAAUACACCUCUGAACUACUAAAGAAAUACUCAAUGGACAACUGUUCUUCAACUAAGGUAGCCAUGGCCUUCGGAUAUAAGAUAUCUGAUGAUCCUUCCGGCAAAUCAGUGGAUCACAAGAUUUAUAGAGGAAUAAUUGGAUCAUUGAUGUACCUCACUGCAAGUCGACCAGACAUUGUCUUUGCAACAGGAGUAUGCGCAAGAUACCAAGCCGAUCCGAAAGUAUCUCACAUGACCGCAGCCAAGCAGAUUCUUAGAUACUUAAAAGGCAGCAAAUCUCUAGGCCUCUGGUAUCCCGCAGGGAACGACUUCAGCCUACAAGCAUUCACUGAUGCGGAUCAUGCUGGAUGUAGAUUGGACAGAAAAAGCACUUCCGGUGGAUGUCAAUUUCUCGGUGGAAGACUCGUUAGCUGGUCAUCAAGGAAACAAAGUUGUGUCUCACUGUCUACCGCAGAAGCUGAAUAUGUGGUAGCAGCCAGUUGUUGCUCACAAGUCUUGUGGAUGAAAACAAAGCUUAUAGACUACGGAUACAGGAUGCAGCGGAUACCGAUUUACUGUGACUCAGAGAGUGCCAUAGUGAUUUCUCAUAAUCCUAUUCAUCACUCCAAAACAAAGCAUAUUGAGCUACGGUAUCACUUCAUUAAAGACCACAUCCUGAAAGGUAACAUUGAACUAAUUUUUGUCCAUACUCAUGAAGAGAUUGCUGAUGUAUUCACAAAGGCACUUGACUCUACAAAACCCAACCGUUUCUUACAAAUGUUAGGAAUGAUGAAUCCGGAUCCGCAAUUCUUUUUAAAUUGA